UAGAGUGGGGCGCGUGAUGCUGCUGACACAUUUCUGAAAGAUGUGCAAAAUGGCGCAAGUGUGCUGGAGUGCAGAAAGCCAGAGACUGUAGUUUGGAUAAAUAUAAGCUGAACACUGCUUCCCUGUCUCUCUCGCUUCACGUUCUUCUUUGCAUCUCGACUGAAUUUCAAUGUGAUUAAAUGGCUACCCGACGGCGCCCCCAGUCUCCAAGCUUAUUCGCAAUACUACUGCUCGCUUUUGUCGGUAUGAUAUCCGGAGCUGAGCUGUCAUUUACCCUUGAACCCAGUGACAUCAUUGCCGUACAGGAACAACCUCUGAUGCUACACUGUCAGGUGGAGGGAAUUCCACCAAUCACCACGCAGUGGAGGCGCAACGGAGCACCGAUUUUGGAGGACCAAAACUAUGUCAUGUUUGCUAAUGGCUCGCUUCUGAUUGGUCACUUCCAGAAGACCAAGUCUGACGGCUUGUCUGAUGAGGGAGAUUAUGAGUGCAUGGCCCAGAAUUUCUUUGGACUGGUCUUGAGCCGCAAAGCCAGAGUGCAGGCUGCAACAAUGGCAGAUUUUCAUGUGCAGCCACUUUCAGUCCGUGCAGAGUUGGGAGGCGUUGGCCGGUUUCAGUGCCAAAUCCAUGGCUUGCCUGAGCCAGUUAUCAGCUGGGAAAAAGACGGUCGGGCUGUGGACACCUCUGAUGACAGAUAUACUCUGUUGCCCACUGGCGUGUUGCAGAUAACGGGUGUACGGCCCGAGGACAAUGGGGUGUAUUGCUGUGUUGCCCACAACAGUGCAGGUGUCAAACACAGCGUUGGAGCGCAGCUUACAGUCUCAGACUCCCAGUCAGCUGUUUACAAAGAACCCAUGAUCCUCGUGGGUCCUGAAAACCUGACCCUAACUGUUCAUCAGACCGCCAUCUUGGAGUGCAUCGCCACGGGUUACCCUCGCCCAAUCGUUUCAUGGAGUAGACUUGAUGGUCGUCCAAUAGGAGUCGAGGGUAUUCAGGUGCUGGGAACAGGAAACUUGAUGAUCUCUGAUGUCAGAGUUCAGCAUUCUGGUGUCUAUGUCUGUGCAGCCAACAAACCAGGAACCCGUGUACGCAGAACUGCUCAGGGACGGCUAGUUGUGCAAGCGCCAGCAGAGUUUGUACAGGCCCCUCAGUCCAUUGCUCGCCCGGUGGGCACCACUGCCAUCUUCACAUGCUUGGCCCAGGGUGAGCCUGUCCCCCAAAUCACCUGGCUAAAAAACGGAGAGAUCCUAGAGCCUGAUGGCCAUGUUAAACUCAGGAAUAACAACAGUUCCUUGACUAUCUAUGGUGUUACCCCGGAGGAUGAGGCAAUAUAUCAGUGUAUUGCUGAAAACAGUGCAGGCUCCACACAAGCCAGCGCCCGUCUGACCGUGCUUUGGGCAGACGGGUUGCCAGGUGUGCCCACAGACAUACAUGCAGAAGCCCUUUCUCCAACCACUAUUCAGGUGUCAUGGAAGGAGCCCACCAAAAACACUCAGGACAUUAUUGGAUAUGUGCUCCAUAUCCGCAAGACUGCUGACCCAGUGGAGAUGGAGUACCAGGAGGCCGUGAGUAAAACGACCCUACAGCAAGUAAUCGGAGAUCUGGAACCUUCCACCAGCUACAGCUUCUAUGUGAAGGCUUACACGUCUCGAGGAGCCAGCAAAGCCUCUGAGACCGCUAUGGAGAGCACACUGGGAGAAGUUCCUGCCCCGCCAGCCUUGUUCACUAAGGUGAUUAAUUUAACGGUGGUUCAGGCCACAUGGGAGCCUUCCGCUAAGAUGGGCCAGCAGGAAGGCUUCAUCCUCUACUACCGUAAGGUCUCCGUACCUCUCUUCACCGGACCCAUCACCUUCCCACGAAACGUGACCCAGUACAACAUCACUCAACUGGAUCCAUCUUUUAUUUAUGAAAUUAAGAUUCUUGCUUUUAACCAGCACGGAGAAGGAAAUGCCACUCUGCGUUUUGUGUCUCUAAAGGAGUCAAUGGAGAAAUCAGUGCAAAAUACUCCUUGUGACUGUGUAAAGGAUGAACAGAGUAAGAGCUCAACCACGGGCAUCAUCAUUGGCAUCCAUAUCGGAGUCACCUGCAUCAUCUUCUGUCUCCUCUUCCUCAUGUUUAGCUACAGGGGCAGGUUGGCGAUGUGUAAAACCGUUCAGGCCACCAGACAGGUGGGCCGUAACCCUGCUGCGGGCGUUGCGCUUGAGUCCUCCUCUUCCUCACAAGGAGCCCUUGCCCUGAACGGAGGACCCCAUGCUGCGAAGAACUGUACAGACUCCAAUGAGAUGGAGAGGCUCUUCUCAGGAUCGCCCCACUUCUCCCAUCCACCUGACGCCACCCACACGAUUGAGAGUUCUCUGGUCUCUUGUUCAUUCAAUCAUACUCCGAUGUCCACACUUCCUAUGGAUGACUUCAGUCUUAUGGAGGAGUGUGAGGUGCAGUUCCCACAUCAUCCAGCAGAGGGAUGCCAACAGGAUGAGGGCAGAUGAAGAAAUGUAGGCCGUGACAUCCUCCAUUCAGACUCUUGUCCAACUCAGGUCAACUAAAGUAAUCACCUUUCUUAGUUCUUAUCAGGCGAAUACUAUUUUAUUUGAAAGUUACGUUCCCUUUGCGGGAAUCACUGGACUGUAUAAUGCUGGGGUACCUCUGGCCUCAUGGUGGGUGAAGUUUUGUGAUGGACAGCUAUUAUUUCACAUUGGUAGGCAAACAAAAUCUCUAUUUCGGUUUUAGUUUGAACACAUUCAAUGAUUUGCCGCCAGCUAUCAGCCUACCAAUAGCUUCGCAAGCCCAUCCAUUGGAGACAGAGACCUUCUACCAGACUGUUCUCAGGAUUUUUCUUUUCAGUGAUAUAUAUGUUUUUUAAUUAAGUAGCCUUCAUGAAGACUUUAGAGUUGGCUAUGUGAACCUUAGGAUUUGAAACAAAACAAAAAAAACCCUACCUCAGCUGGAAUGAAUGUGUUGUAGGAAGUCUCUGAGAUCUGCAUCUUGCCGUCUGUUCUGUUUCUAUUCACAUCAAGCGUCCAGUCGAAAAGAAAGGUGCUUCUCUACCUCAGAUUUCAAGGACCGCCGUUCUCCUGCUCACUGAAGCAAAACAAGAAAAAUAAUCCAACAUAUAGCACUUCCAAAUGUUAACGUUAAUCUUCUACCUCAAAAUAACAAUGUUGUUAUUGUCAUUGUGGUUCUUUUCUCAUAUUGAAACAUAGCUUCUGUUUGUGAGAUCCUAGCUUCACUAUGUCGAUGAAUAGCUGUGUUUUGAUAUGUCAGUACCUCAUGCCAAUUGACAGAUGACAUUGUUGUAUGAAUUUUGCCUGUAAAGUGUUUUUAUAUUGUCCUAGUAUUCGUGUAGGUUUGUAUUUCGACCUUUGUUUGUUCCUGAUCAGAGUAUUUUUUAUUUUCAUCAUAGUCGACUCAGUUAAAUUGGAAAGACUUUUUAAGAUAAACUGCACUGUUAUUAAUGACUUCAGGAGAAAAAGUUGUAAGAAGAUUGAUAACCGUACUGCAACGCCGGACAACACUAUACGAAUAUACUUUACUUUCAUGGGUAUUCAAAGGGUUCGGGUUUAAUGUGUUUGCGUGUUGUGUGACACAAACGAAUAGAAGUGUGAGUGUACGCGCAUAUAAAACAUAUUCUGUUAAGAAUUAAGCACAUAUUGUGUUUCUGAGGGAGCUGAUGUUAGUAAGCAUUGACAAACAUUGAUACUCGCCCUAUGUCAGUACACAUAUUUACUUAUUCCAAGAAUGGAAAUCGAGUAAGCAUGGGUUCUUGCAAAUGCAAAAGUUGUGAAUGGUUCCUAAGCUCCAGCAUUCUCAGAAACUAAACCGAUUGUUGUGCAGACUCUGCUGCAUGUUAUGAAUUGAAUAAAACAGCCAAACUCAAAAUACUUGCUAUGGAUGAGCUGGGCAUUAUAGGCUUCUUUGAGAAGUUACCAUUCCUUUAGGAGCCAAAGUCAGACACUGAAGAUACUUCUGUGUGGAGUUUCAUCAUCUUUUCAAUAUAUUCAUCAUCACAGGCCCCUCUUCCAUAUCUUUAGUGCCACAUUGAUCAGGGAGCACAAAGUGCGUCAGACAUACAGUACUGUAAUGUAUGCACAUAACCACACAUACAUCUGUUAGCAGAAUACAAGUAGUGGGCGAUGUCUGAGCUGGUCUUGUCAUCUCUUUAUCACACACACACACACACGCAAUAUGCUUUUGAGUUACUUUUCAACUGCUGUUCACUGUGUGCUCAGCCACCCAAUUCAGGACCAGCACUUUCAUCUAGAAAGUACCAGCGAGAUGUUCGGUCUCUUCUGAUGUGUCUAAGGCGUAUAUAUUUUUUUAGUAACCUACCUCAACACGGCAGCCAUGCUCUCAGGUCGCUCCUACUCUGAUUGGGGAGAUUGUAUUUUUUGUACAGAACACACACACACACACACACACACACACACACACACACACACACACACACACACACACACACACACACACACACACACACACACACACACACACACACACACACACACACACACAUACACAUAAUGUACAAACAGUAUACAGAUCAGUGGAAAACAUGUCAUUGGGGCCCUUAAGCAUCAGUGGAAAAACACACAUUAGCUACUUUUGUUCUUGCAUGGGGUGGUUUCCCAGACAGGGUUUAGAUUAAUCCAGGACUAGGUCUUAGUAAUAUUAAGACAUUUAAGUAGAUUGUACAAACAAACCUUACAAAAACAAUAUUGGUGUGCAUCUUGAGACAAACUGUGGCACUGAUUUAUGUUAAGAUAUUUCAGUACAAGAUGUUUUUUAAAGGAAAACGCCCCUUUUUUCAAUAUUUCACUAUGUUCUUACCUCAGCUUAGAUAAAUGAAUACAUACCUAUAUU